CCAAAACUCUGCGAAUUUAUGUUGGUACAGCAGGACCCUAUAAAAGCUGGGCACGAUGUUUUUCUUUUUAAAUUCAUUAUCGUAUUAGUCAUACUUUUAUUCUGAAAACACAUUCCAAUUUAAUCAUAUUUAUCAAUGAAAAACUCAUACUACUAUCUCCUAAUAGCAACUACGUACGCGGUACUCCGUAUUGGGGUGUCGUGGGCUGAAUUUUCCUACAAUAAACUGAAAAAGGAAAUGGAAGUAAAGAAGGAUAUUCAAAGUCCUCCUCAGGUAUUGCAUAAGCCGUCCAUUCCUUGGUGGAUCCGCUUAUAUCUUUCAGCUUACUCAGCCAUUACCGACGCCUCUCGGCGACGAAAUGGCACCGUUAAUCGUCGUCUCCUGAGCAUGUUCAUCGUCAAGUCUCCUCCCACGCGAAACCCCGUCAAUGGCGUCAAGUCCUCCGACGUCACCGUGGACCCUUCCCGUGACCUCUGGUUCCGCCUAUUCGUCCCCACCUCGACCGAUGCCCAGGAUUCCGAUUCCCUACCGGUGAUCGUCUUCUUCCACGGCGGCGGUUUCGCGUUCCUCAGCGCCGAUACGAAGGAGUACGAUGCGGUUUGCCGCCGAAUCGCUCGCAAGGUCAUGGCAGUGGUCGUUUCUGUUAACUAUCGGCUUGCACCUGAGCACCGAUAUCCUGCUCAGUUCGACGAUGGAUUCGAUGUGCUGAAAUUCCUCGACGAUGAACAGAGCAAGGGGAUUUUGCCGGGAAAUGCUGACAUUUCCCGCUGCUUCCUCGCCGGAGAUAGUGCCGGAGCCAAUCUGGCUCACAACGUGGCUAGACGGGCAUCGGAGGCCAGUUUCCGAGAGCUUAAGGUUAUUGGGGUGGUGGCGAUACAACCAUUCUUCGGAGGGGUAAAGAGGACUGCCGCCGAAAGAAGAUUAGUAAAAGUUGAUCCUGUGGUAUCGGUGGAACUUACCGAUUGGGCGUGGAAGGCAUUUCUGCCGGCGACGGGGGAAGGGAUGGUGGUGGACCGGGACCACGAGGUGGCGAACGUGUCCGGCCCCAGGGCGGUUGACAUAUCAAAACUAGAUUUCCCGGCAACCAUGGUGGUGGUUUCCGGCUUUGAUCCUCUCCAGGAUUGGCAGAGGAGGUACUAUGAGUGGUUGAAGAGGUCGGGUAAAGAGACCUACUUGUUGGAGUACCCAAACAUGAUUCAUGCCUUCUACCUUUUUCCUCAGCUCCCAGAAUCCUUGCAUGUCAUUCAGCAGGUUAAGGAUUUCAUUCACAAGCAAUGUUCCAAGUGUUAAGGCCGGGCUAGCUUGUUUGAUCGAAUUGCUGUUUAUAUCAAUCAAUGUUGUACUGAGCGUUGUCAACAACUAUUAUAUAUACUGCAUCCAUUAUUCAUUGCAUUCUCAUCUAGUUUAAUUUGUAGUGUCUUCCUUUAGUCAUAACUAGUUCUUCUAUUUAAGGGAACAAUGCGUGUAUUAUAUUGAAUUGAAGUGAAUAUACUAUCCUUGUUGAAAUCAAAU